UCGCGCCUUUCUUGGCCUCCGGGCGCCGGGCCUUCCGUAGGGCCGGGCGGUGGGCAGAGGUGCAGCAUGAAUCUGCGGCUCUGCGUGCAGGCGCUGCUGCUGCUCUGGCUCUCCUUGACCGCCGUGUGUGGAGUGCCACUCAUGCAGCCUCCUGAUGGGAACGGAGUGGAGGAAAGCAACGCGCGUUACCUGGUGCAGCCCAGAGCUUCCAGGAGUGGAGGAGGCCCCUGGCAGGCAGGUCGGAGGAAGUUCCGUCGCCAGAGGCCCCGCCUUUCUCAUAAGGGCCCUAUGCCUUUUUGAAGCAGGACGGAAGUGGUCUCUGAGUGCCUGCCCCGUGCCACUAUCUCUACUCCACAGAUUCAUCUGCUUCUCUGGAGCCUUCAUAUCCAUUCAGCUCUCGUUUGGCACCUGUUCUAGCUGCUAAUGGCCCCAGCUCUUCUCACCUGCCAACGUCCUCUAAUGGUGUGGUCCUUCCCCGCGUUCAGAUGAUUCAGUUUCUCUCACAAGGAUCCAUUCAGCCCAUCUUCCCGGCUGCUCCCUGGACUGCCAUUGGAGAACCAGCUUCUCCUCAGCCUGCUGCGUGCUCCAGUCCCUAUCUCGUCUAUCCACUGGCCUCACCCUCCACUGGGCCCUUCCUGCCUCAUAUGUGCCCAGGGAUCCUUUCUUCAGUGAGCUCCUGUGUACAGGGCCACCACAGAGGACCAUAGAGAUGUGCAGUGAGAGAUUCUGGUUGAGAGGGGCUGGGGGUUGAGCUCCAGAGAGAGUACAUUGGGGUGUGGGGGUGUGGCGCCCCUGUGAAGGGGGUUGAAGCUAGGGAGAAGAGAAGCACAACCUCGUCCUCAGCUCUGUGUUUGGCCCUGUUAAGGAUGAGGCAAAGGCAAGUUACUGUGCACUUCUUUUCCCUUACUGUGUCUCCAGACACCCCCUUCCCCCUGAUCUUCAGCUAGUUCAAUCUCCAAGUCAGAAGGGGAGGGUGCUGGGCCUGACAUGGCUCCAUACUCUCCAACGGAUAAAAGCCAAACUGGAAGGUUGCUUUGCCAAAAAGAAAAAUGACAGAAAAAUCAGAGCCCAAAGGACCCCUGGAGAUCACUGUAUCCUCAUGCAAAAGUCUGCACAGAGGCCUGGAGAGUGGGAUGACCUGGUCAGGGCCAUUGUAGAGCCUGAGUGGAGAACCAGGUCUCCCAACUUCCACUUUAUGACGUCCUCUUCCCCCCUUGAUGAUGUCUUUUCUAAACCAAUGAAGUGCCUUUUGCUGGGGUUAGUGCUGGACUGGCUGGGAAGGGAGAGAGGCAAGCUGGCUGUGAACUUCCCUGUGUGCAUAAGAAGCCCACCUCCCUAGUCUUCUUUUGUUGCUGCAUUCACAAUCUUUCCCAGAAGGUUCUAUAAACGGGUGAGCUGCACCCCCAAACCCCUAUUCUCAGGCGCAGUCUCAAGCCUGGGCUACUUUAAUCAGGUGCUCACGCACUGAGACUACUGUUCAGACCCCACCACUGGUUAUCAGGAGCCCCUCUAUGGACCAGACCUUCAUUCUAGUGGUCUCUUAGAGAGAGAGAGAGAGACAGAGAGACAGAGAGAGCGAGAGAGAGAGAAAUGAAGGGGGAGAAGAGGGGGGAAGGAAGAAGAUAUGGAAGGAUGUGCAGGUGGGGCACACUCCUUACCCAGAAGGCCCCAUCUUCCACAAAGGAGCUUCUGGAAGCUUUUUGAAGCCCUUCCAUGAAGGGAACAUUUUCACCUUUUGCCUGAGCAGAUGUCCUUCUCAGAGGUCUCCCAGGAGGGAGGAGGAAGACAGAAGCUUGAUGUCCACUUUCACAUGUGUGUGGGCAGGGGAAGUCAGGAACCCCAAGUCCCACAAUAACCCUGAUAUUUUCUUAUCAGACUCCCCCUUAAGGCCUUUCCUGCCCCUCUGCUGCUGCUAAUGCUGCUGCUGCUAUUGCUGCCACCUGAAAGCCCACCCUAGAGAGUCUGGCCAGGCAGAGCUUGAAGUGGGGACUGGCCCAUGCCUCUUGCUGCUGGUACCCCCAUCAGGGACCUGGCCUUUUUCCUUGUCCUUUCUGCACCUCCCGCCUCAUCAGUCUGGCCAUGAUAUGCACCCAGGCUCAGUCCCAUGGGGAAGGGCAAAGAAGAAUGACAAUGGCUGAUGAACACGGAGAGUAUGGGGCAGAGGACUGGAGCACGUGGGCCAGGUGUGCUGUCUUAUUUAAAGUGGUUGUGUAUGAUUCUUAUACUAAUUUAUACAAAGAUAUGAAGGCCCUUUUCAUUAAGAAACUGCCCCCUUCCUAUAAUUGUGUUCACUGUGUUUGUAAAGAUUGUUCUGUGUAAAUAUGUCUUUAUAAUAAAGAGUUAAAAGAU